AAACAAAAAUUAGUUUCGAAGUCUUCUCUUCUAAAAUCUAAACAAGAACGAUAAGCAUGUGAAGAGUGACACGACAACUUGAACCGAGUGUACGUACGUGUCGAAUUGCUUCAAACAAACUACCAAAUACAAACACCGCUUCCUCGUUUCAAUCCAUAUCCAUGAUUAUUUCUUUUCCCUUUCUUUGUUCUUUAUAUCACUUAAUAAACGUUCCAUUGCAAAGCUUAAUUAUAGUUCACAGUUGCACAUUUUCUGUAAGAGCACACAGCUAAGUAAUUAGUAAUAGCCAUGGUGUUAUUGGACUUAAUUCAUGGAUUUCUCAACUUAGUAGCUCCUCCAUUUACCUUCUUCAGCUUGCUGCUUUUCGUGCCACCUUAUCAGUUUUUCAAGUACUUCCUUUCAAUUUUGGGCUCCGUUUUCGGUGACAGUGAGGAUGUUGCUGGCAAGGUUGUCAUCAUAACUGGGGCUUCCUCUGGCAUAGGAGAGUAUUUGGCCUAUGAAUACGCAAGAAGAGGUGCUUGCUUAACCAUCGCUGCAAGAAGAGAGAAGAGUCUACGUGAGGUAGCCGAAACGGCACUUAACCUAGGCGCCCCAGAUGUUUUAGUGGUUCCAGCUGAUGUCUCAAAAGUUGAAGACUGUAGAAAGAUCGUUGAUACAACCAUGACUCACUUUGGACGAUUGGACCAUCUGGUUAAUAAUGCUGGAAUGACUGCAGUUUCUCUGUUUGAAGAAACGGAAGAGAUCACUAACGUUAGAUCCAUCAUGGACAUCAAUUUCUGGGGCUCAGUUUAUAUGACAAGGUUUGCAGUUCCGUACCUGAGAUAUAGUGAAGGUAGAAUCAUUGUGCUUUCUUCUUCAGCUUCUUGGAUGCCUACUCCAAGAAUGAGCCUUUACUGUGCAAGCAAAGCCGCAAUGGCACAAUUUUUUGAGGCGUUAAGGAUUGAAUUCGGACGGGACAUCAAAAUAACAUUGGUGACACCUGGCUACGUUGAAUCAGAAAUGACGCGGGGAAAAUUCAUAGACGAGACCGGAAAAGUAGAUGUUAAUCUUCAAAUGAGGGAUGUGCAAGUGGGCAUAACCCCAGUGGUCAAAGUAGAAGACUGUACCAGAGACAUUGUGAAUGGCGCUUGUCGCGGAGAGAGAUACAUUACUGUGCCAGCUUGGUUCAGGGUCACCUACUUGUGGAAAGUUUUCUGUCCGGAGGUUGUUGAGUGGAUUUUGAGGUUGUUGUUGCUUACUGGUUCGGGAACUUCAUCCGAGGAUGCUUUGAGCAAGAAAAUAUUGGAUUACACUGGCGUUAAGAAAGUCUUCUACCCUGAAACAAUCCAAGAGCUGGAACCUCAGACCAAGUGAUUCUAUCAGUCCAGAACUGGAAGCUAUAUUAAGAUCUUUGUAUCUCUGUUACUAGAAAUUUUAGCCAGGAGAAGCUUUUAAUUCAGAGUGUUUUGUAAUUGUGAAUCUUGAUGUUGGUUGUAUUAGCGUGUCUUCCUGUAUACUCCUCCUACACAAUUGUAAGAACAGAUCAACAAAAUAAAUUUUCUCAAUAUGGCCGCACAUAACUAA